CCCGCUCCUGCCUUGCCCUGCCCUGCCUGUGCUUCAAUUUUACUACCGCCCGGUGGAGGCCCCUGGGAGGACCGAUGGGGCGCCCAGAGGCGGGGAGGCGGCGGCGGUGGCUCCUCUCAGAGGAGGCCGCGGUGGAGAGGGGCCGGGGCUUGCGGUGGUGGCGUGGCGGCCGUGCCCAGCCCUCGGCGUGCGUGUGUGCCGGCUCUCUCCUCCUCAGGCCUGAGGUGCGCCCCUGGGCCUGCUGCUCGGGGCUGGCGGCGGGCCCGGCCAAGGCGUUGGCAGAAUUAACCUUCGCCGUGGUGGCGUGUGUAUGGGCGUGUGUGGUGCCAGCUGUGACGGGCUCUGUAGGCUGCCCCAGCCUGUGCCAAGUGCCAUGCCCGUGAGAUCAGAGCGCGGUCUUGAAAACCGGCCUCAUCGAAGGCACCCGCGGCUGAAAGCGGCAGAGCGGGAGCGUGCCUGUGCGUGUGUGGAUGUGCACCCCUGCAAGGCGGGAGCUCGGUAGCAUGGCGGAGGCUUCGGGAAGUCCUCUGCCUGAACCCAUAGUGAGGAGGAAAAAAAGCAUAUCUAUUGAGGAAAAAAUUGACAUAAUCAGUGCUGUGGAGAGUGGCAAGAAAAAGGCGGACAUUGCAGCCAAGUACGGCAUAAAGAAGAAUUCCUUGUCUUCAAUUAUGAAGAAUAAAGAAAAAGUUCUGGAAGCCUUUGAAACUUUACGAUUUGAUCCUAAAAGAAAAAGACUAAGGACUGCUUUUUAUACCGACCUGGAGGAGGCAUUGAUGAAAUGGUACAGAAUUGCUCAGUGCUUGAAUGUGCCAGUAAAUGGUCCUAUGUUGCGCCUCAAGGCUAAUGAUUUUGCCCAGAAGCUUGGACAUAGUGAUUUUAAAUGCAGUAAUGGCUGGCUCGAUCGUUUCAAGUCGAGGUAUGGUUUAGUUUUCAGAGCUCAGCCUGUAGAAGCAGCUGCUACUACUACACGGGCUGCUCCAACUGUUUGGUACCAAAAUGUUCUUCCUUAUUAUUUAAAUGAUUAUCAGCCAGAAAACGUGUUUUAUAUACAGGAGAGUGGAUUGUUGUAUCAGAUGUUACCACAGAACACAUUUGCAUUUAAAGGGGAAACUUGUUCUGUAGGUAAACUAAGCGAAGAGAGAAUAACCGUAGUGGUGGGUACAAAUAUGGAUGGCUCCGAGAAACUUCCUUUGCUUGUUAUAGGAAAAACCAAAAUUCCACACUGUUUCAAAGAUCUGGAGUCACUACCUGUGGAUUAUGAAGCAAAUGAUAUGGCAUGGGUGACUUCGGAAGUGUUUGAACAGUGGAUGCAUAAACUUGAUGACAGAUUUCAAGCCCAGCAGCGACGAGUAGUUAUUCUUGUUGAUUCUCUGCCAGCUCACACAGAAGUAAAGAACCUGGAGUCCGUCAAAUUAGUGUUCUCUCCUCCAGACUCUUCUUCAUGUAUAACUAUGAAACAAGGGGCUAUCAGAAGUCUGAAGGUUAAAUACAGGUGCUGUCUUAUAAAGAGAUUUGUGGACUGCGUAGAAGGUAAUAAAGAGUUCAUGCUGACUCUUCUUGAUGCAAUUGAGAUGUUGCACCUGUGCUGGAGGAAAGUAACACCAGAGACUAUUGUCAAAAGUUACAAUGAAGCAGGAUUCAAAUUAGAGACUGAGGCAAACAGUAAUGACACAGAGGUUGAAAGUUAUUUUGAUUUGAUUGCACAUGCACAGGCAGCUGGAAUGGAGUUUCCAGAAGGUUUAUCUUUGGAGGAAUAUGCAGCUCUAGAUGAUGGCUUGGUAACUUGUGAAAUGCCUACAAAUAAUGCAGGAAUGUGCACCAAAGAAAGGGCAUCAGAUAAAUCUGGGACAUUUGUUGGUGAAGAAGAUGAUCGAUUUCAGGGAGCUAAACAGCUUUUGCCAUCAAAAAAUGAGGCUUUGAGUGCUUUAGAUACCCUUCGAAAGUUUCUCAGAAGUCAAGACACAAAUGAUUCUCUUCACGAUUCCCUAGCUGACCUGGAGAAUUUUAUUCAACAUGUAGCAUGUAAAUAAAUAUUUCUGCAAAGUGUGAAAGUCUGUAACUGAAAAAAGGAGUUAUGUAAGUAAACAAAAAUAGGCAGUUUAGUAACAAAUGUUGAUGCAAUAUUUAGUGUGUCUCGCUCAGGUGCCUAGAUAUACAUAACGAAAGAAAUUUUAAAUUAUGAAAAAGCACUGUGAACUGAAGUUUUCCACAAAAUUGGGAGCAAAGAACAGAAAAUUCGGGGUGGAGAGAGGAAAUAAGUUGAACCUUUAAGAUGGUAACUGUAGUAAGUACAGUGGAGGCAAAAGCAAUUCUUUGAGCAGUCUGGUACACUCAGGAUGAACUGCUGCCCACUUGGAAUUCUUUCUUCAGGAAGAGAUUAGCACUUCUUCACAUUGAUAAUUUCACCGGUUUCUUUGGUAUUGUCAUCAGUGGAACAGUAAAUAUUUAUCAGCUUGGUGCUUCUGAUACUUAAGGAAAAAUAUUAAUAACACAGAAAAUACAUGCUUAAGUUCUGAGAACUAAGGGGUUUUCAAAAUACUUUUUUUUGGGGAGUCCUUGUUCAGGAAUUCUGGCCAUAGUUUAUUCUUGCAGCAGAUGAUGAACAGCAGAAAGUUAGCAGCUUUGGAUGCAUUUUGUAUUCUUAAAGCUGCUCAUGUGUGGAUGCACACAAAUGGCAUAAUCAUUUAUCUGAGAGCCAGGAGACAAACCAACCUUUACUUGGUCUUUGAAGAGGUCAAAAAGGAAGGUCAUUUUCUUCCUUUCAGCCUUUUUGGUAUUUGGAUUUGAGGAAGAUCAUUCUAAGCAACUCCAAGUAUUUCUACAGUAAAUAAAGAAAAAAAAACAAAAAAACCAAACAAACCAGCUUAUGCAGUAUCUCCACUCAAGACCUUACCGAACUCUUGUUUUAUUUACUAUACUUGAAGACACUGCUGUAGGAGGCAGUGCACCAAUGCAGUUCACUGUUACAGGUGCCAUGAACAGGGGUGCUGUUCGCAUGAAUGCCCUGUGAAGUUGAGUAACUCACAGUACAUUUACACUUCUUCAGGUACAGGGUUCAAGCAAUGCCAUCAUACCAGAAUGGAAAAUCUCAUUUUGUUUGAGACAAACAGUUUGUGGCUUUUUUUAAAACCUGUUUUAAAUAUUUGCCAUACUUACCAAUAUUAAUUUUUUCAAAAGUUGGAGAGGAUAAUUUUUCUGUUUUAGAGGAAGAAUAAAAUAUUCUAUGGAGGCCCUUUAGGAAACCUGUGUAAUAAAGAAUCUAUUAUGGUGCCUAUAAUUAACCCAUGAGAAAUCAUCUCUUGCUUACUUGAAUAUUCAGUUUUCAGAAAAUAGUUUGGCUAAAGCUUUGCUUACUGUUCUUUCUGGUGGAGGUCAGUUUAUCAAUUUCUAAAAAUAUUUCAGAAAAUGUAUCAAAUUGUUGGAAGACAGUGAAAAUAUUGGGGGGCGGGGGCUGUUGGGGGGGGGUGAGAAAAUGCCUGUGGCUAAACUGUAUGAAUGUUUUACUAGAUACCCUAAAAAAAACCCCCACAAACUUCUGGUGUCCUAUUAUGCAAUAUCUGAUGUGAGCUCCAUCCAAACGAUAUUCUGAUGAAACAAGAAAUUUCUGUUGAAGUUCCAAUAAAUGAAGUCUGACGCAGAGGUUUAUAGAUUCUGUGAAAAAGGUACCCCUCUGUAUUAUCUCUGUAAACUAUUUAUUUUGUUAAAAUACAAUGUCUUUAAAGUUAAAAUGCAAAGUCUUUUAAAUUUGGAAGCUGUGUCAAAUAAAUCAGCAUACUUUGCUUGCUUCAAUACUUUAGAACAAGCUUAUGAAAAGUAUUUUUUAGCUAAGCUUAUUUGAAGUUCCUGUAAAUCCCACAGAGCCCUGUAGAUAACUUUCCUAUAGUAAUCUUUUGAUUUAAAAUCCAUGGCUUACUUUGCAACGGCUUCUCCCACUAAAAGCAAGUUUAGGAAGAAGUUUCUAUUAUCCAUAUAUUAAAUUUGUAUAGUCUUUAAAAUUCAACGCCACAUGGACCUCAUCGGCCCAGGAUCCAGUAGGGAGGCUCUUUCCUUCUAAGAGAAUUCUGAGUGUGAAGUGCUGGAUCUGAGUGAGAAAGACUUGUGUAAAUAAGCAGCAAAUCUUGGUGAAAGAAGGGUUCAAUCUACAAAAAGUGUGGUCUUUGCAAGAUGAGGCUUAGAAAAUCAGGAGGUAGGAAAUAACAUUGUUAGCUGAUGAUGAAGGAAGUAAAUUACUGAGGGCUGUCAUACUUCCUCAUGAAAACCGGAAGGUUUUACUAAUUUGGCCUGGGCUUUGAAGGUGAAUUGUGGAACUUGCUUUAAAAAAUGUACAACCCAUCAAAAUCCCAUACCUUUAGAGAAAUAUAUGAUUUUUUCCUAGCCUCCUAGUUCAUUCUGAGAAGCCAAGCUAAAAUGAACUCACUGAAACUAUUUUUUUAGGACAGACACUUCAGAUUCUAACACUAUAGCUUUCAAAAUUAUUUAGGAGCCCAGAUAUUUCUUUUCACUUGGAUUUUGGUCACAUUUAUAGUCAAACAGAGAAUGUGAAAUCCAUUUUGAAGCUUGUUGCUAUUUCAGGUGUUUGUUCACAGGGAAGUGGAGCCUCCUCAGGUCCGAAAUGCUAGCAGUGAAAAAGGAAGAGGUACGCUAUGUAAAUGUUAGUCAUUUCAGCCUGUGUACACAGUUUGACCUAGAGAUUUUUUUACAUUGUCUAGGUAAACCACCAGCACGCUGGCUUUUCAUGUCUGAGGUGGCAUCUAGUGGAGGGGGAGGAAGAAUAUUACUUUAGACUGCACCAUAUUUUAAAAUAAGAAUCUUUUCUACAAAAGGCAGAUUACUGAGGCUGUCAUUUGCUUUAAUACUUCAGACAUCAGUUUGGACAACCGUGUUGUUUCCUGUAUGCUUUUCUACUGUACGCUAUAGUUAGAUAAUAAUUAUGUGCUUUGGCAUCAAGUCAGUGAGGUCACUUUAAGUAACCCAAAGUUAUUUCUAGAAGUGUGAACUGAAAAUAUGAAGUUUGAAGAAUAUAAGUAACUUCCAAACAUGGCCAAAAUAGAAAAAAAAUAUUGGAACAUCUAUUUGACAUAAUCAAAAGCAUCAUCAGAGUAAUUCUUGAGACAAGUAAUAUGUAAAAUUAAGUAUGCUUUUCAAACUACAUCUGCAUUUGAAAAUUUUAAUAAAUACUACCCUAU